AUGGCUCCACUUCCUGUACAACGGAUCACUCCGAACCUUCGCCCAUUCAGUCACGUUGGGGUUGAUUAUCUGGGGCUUUUUGAAGUGGCCAUCGGACGUCGUACGGAGAAGCGGUGGAUUGCACUAUUUACGUGCUUUGUCACCCGCGCAGUGCAUUUGGAGGUGGCACACGGUUUAACGACACAAGCGUGUCUAAUGGCGAUCCGGCGAUUUAGCUGCCGUCGAGGACCGCCGGCUGAAUUUUCCUCAGAUAAGGGAACGAACACGACAGCCCGGACCAAGUGGACAUUCAACCCUCCCGCAUCACCCCUUAUGAGAGGGGUUUGGGAACGAUUGGUUCGCUCAGUGAAGGAAGCGUUAGUAGCACUUGAUGACGGAAGGCGGCUGACAGACGAAGUCCUUCAGACUGCCAUCGUUGAAGCAGAGGACAUGAUUAACUCUCGUCCACUGACGUCGUACGUGUCGCAGGAGUCUUUGGAAGCAGAGGCACUCACUCCGAACCAUUUUCUUCGGGGAGUGUCACCAAACGAGCCGAUUGCAGUACCGCCAACACCGCAUCCGGCUGAAGCGUUACGGGAUGCUUACAAGCGGUCGCAGCAAUUGGCUAACGAGAUGUGGAACCGCUGGGUUAAGGAGUACGUUCCGACGGUCAACCGGAGAACUAAGUGGUUCAGCGAAUCGAGACCUCUGAAAACAGGGCAUUUGGUGUAUGUCACUGAAGGUACGAGCCGGAAAUGCUGGAUCCGUGGUGUAGUUGAGGAACCAAUCGUGUCUGGUUCCUGGAGGAUCCGCCAGGCAUGGGUUCGAACCAGGACUGGAAGGUUUAAACGAGCGACAGCGAGACUAGCUGUGCUGGAAAUCGUGGGUAAAUCUGGGCCGGAUAUGAAUCCUGAACCGGGUUUACGGGUCGGGGAAAAUGUUGGGCCCACUGUCUCACUGCCGCGUGAGUAUGCAGAUCAUGACAUCUCAUCGAGAUGA